CGAAAGUAAAACUAUCCUAAUGGUUUCGUUUUUAAUGAUACCUCGACUGUCCGUUCACACUGUCCCGGAGAGACGCGCCGGACAGCUGAUGGGGCUUGACCAUGGAGGAAGAGGAGGAGGUUAACCCUGGAGGCGAAGAUGUGCACACAUUAAUAACUCAGGAGUCCGCCAAACUUGUCUGCAUCCUCAGCAGUCAAAAACCAGCGGUCAUAAAGAAGUUGUGUGACAUGAUGCCUAAUAAAACUCUGCGGCACGUCGACUGGCUGGCCCUCACUGAAUCCUCAGCAAUGAUACAGCAACAUGUCACAGUGAUGUUGGAAGACUACAGGACAGCAAGUGCAGCACGUUGCCGACGCUUUCUGCAGAGUCUAUGUAUGUUGUGUGAAAACAUCCCACUGCACCUGGAGUUGAGGCUCUUGUCAUCGGCAGGAUGCAUGGAUUCGGACAGAUAUCAGUCACAAGUGACUGAACUAUUUCCCCUAAAAGUCACAGACCACUGGGAGCUGUACAGAGCAGCGGUGGGGACUUUACUGCUGCGGAGGUGGGAGAGAAUGAGAGAGAACCUGGUAAGGGAGGUGCAGCUGGAGGACAUCUGGGUCAGAUUGAGACACACAAACAGAACAAAGGAGAAACCUGAUCAGACGCCUGGACCAGGAGAUCUGGGGAACAGAACACCAGACCCUGAUGGAGAUUAUGGGCCUAUGGAGGCCAGAGUGACAUUAGAGUCGUUCCUUCAAGGCUCUGUUGGACAGGUCACAGUUUUGCUGGGCCAGGCUGGAUCAGGGAAAACACUGAUGAUGUCCUGUCUAGGGCAACAAUGGGCAAAGGGACUAGGCCCCAUCCCUUCCUCAUUCCUCUUUGUCCUGCUAGAAUUUCGUCAGCUCAACCUACUGUCAAGCCCCCUCUCUCUUUCUGAGCUAUUAUUCCAAUACUACCUCCCUGCACAAGGGGGUGAUGAUGAGAAGGAAGCUGUUUUGGACUACCUCCUUUCCAACCCAGAGCAAUGUUGUUGGGUGCUUGAUGGCUACGAUGAGUUCCAUACGAGGAUUACCAGAGUGCAGACACAGAGAAAUAGGACACCUUUGAACUCAAAUACCCUGCUGCCUAUUGCGGAAUUUGUCUCAGGACUGCUGUGUCGGCAAAUUUUUCCAGGAUGCACCUUGGUGUUCACCUGUCGUCCACGCGAUAUCCCCGAUGUUGAGCUCAUGGUAGACAACGUGGCGGAGCUAGCGGGCUGGGAGAGCCAUGACAUCAAGGAGUAUGUACAGAACUACUUCCAGCUAAAAGGUGCUCCGACAAACGAAGAUCUCAUGGAGCAGGCGGUGAACCUCCUCUUCUCGAGCCGACACCUCCUCACCAUGUCCUCCCUCCCCGGCCUCUGUAACAUCUGCUGUGUCUGUGUGGACCAUGCACUGAUGGGAGAAAGAGGAGGUGGGAGAACACAAGCUAGCGAAGGAGAGGAACAAAAAAGGAGACGACGUGAAAGUGAACAAGGGGGGAGAAAAGAAGCAAAAGUGGAAGGUGAAGAACAAGCAGAACAGAGUGGAGAAGGAGCAGAGGGCAUAGGAGAGGGGAGUCAAGACAGAGGGGCAGCUGGUGGAGGAGAGAGCGAAGACAUUACAAGGGCGGGGGCAGUCGAACCCAGAGAUGGAGUGGAGGUGCUUCAUCGUGCUUCUUUCUCAUUGCCCCAGUUACCCCCGACCCUUACCCAACUCUACCUCACCGCUCUUGUAGCAUCUCUGAGCCAUAGCAGGGACACUGGAACUGAAAGAGGAGAAGAUGCCAAAAACGAUAGGAUGAAGACCAGAGCUCCUCAACAAAGCACAUUGUGUUCACUUGAUAUGGGUCUGUACCAGUCUGAGGUGUGUGAGCUCAGUCGGCUGGCAUGGAAGGGCUUGGAGACAAGCCAGAUCCUCUUCCUGAAAUGUGAAAUUCCCCAGAAUGUUCUCAAGUUCUCCAUUAGGGCAGGUCUCCUCUCAAAGGUGGAGCUUAGGCUCAAGGGUGGCGUGCUCAGCUAUGCCUACUGCUUCGUUCAUUUGACGCUACAGGAGUUUCUUGCCGCGCUCAGAAUGAUGACCAGUGAUGAGGUCCCUAUGACACAGCUCAAGCAGAGAUUUAACCUGAAGAGUCGUUGGACCACCAAGUCUGAUCCAAAGACUGUCUUCACAGACUCUUUUCACCUGUAUGUAUGUGGCCUGGCUUCGCCGUCCUGCACCCCAGCCUUGGUUCAGCUAGCCAAGUCUUGUGGUGUUUCAGUAGCACAGGCAUGGGUCCAAAAGCGACAGUCCCUGGUUGUGAAACUAUUAAAAAGCCUGUGCGGAAGCACUCUGACUGGACCAAAGGUACUGCAGCUCUGCCACUGUAUCCAGGAGACCCAGGACUGCCAGCUGGCCAGGGAUGUCUUGGGUACGAGACCCAUUCUGGAGCUGCGAAAUAUCCGGCUGUUGCCCAGUGACAUUGAUGCACUGGCCUUUGUGGUUGGCUCUAGCCCUGAUAUGGAUGUUGGUUUGGACUUUGGAGGAUGCGCACUGGAUGCGCAAUGUUUAGAUGUCCUACCCAGCUGUCAAUGCAUUCAUUACCUAGUUUUUCGCAGCCGCAAGUAUGAUGACAAGUUUGCACAGAAAUUGUCCUCCAUUUUGCCCAAACUGCAAACCCUGCGAAAAUUGGAGUUCUCUGGUGGCCAUCUGACUGAUGUGGGAGUAGCUAGCCUGGCUUCAACUCUACAGGACUGCCCAUGUAUCACUGAGAUCAAUCUACAUAGCAAUAACCUGACAAACCAAGGAAUCAAGCAUGUGGCUGACAUUUUUUCCAAACUUCCAAAUCUGGCCUCUAUAACGCUGGGUAGACACAACAAGCCUCUGGAAGGCAUAACAGUUCUCAUAAAGAAGAUGACCACUUGUGUCAACAUCGUGCAUGUCCAUGCUGAGGGAAUGAAAGAACUCAAAGUUACAUUCUUGCAAAACUCAGAUAACAAAGGCCAUAAAAAUAUCAGUGGACCAACAGUCAGCUUAGUAAACCAAACAUGGGGCAAAACUGAGAUGCAAAGACUUUGCCAACUGCUGGCCCGCUGCCCUGCUCUUUCUGUCCUUGAUCUUUCUGGAGGCCACUUAGACACAGAGACUCUAAGGAUGCUGGUUGACUUUUUGCCCAGAAUCAACAUUAAGCAAAGAAUCAUUAUGAAGGAGAGCUGUAUAUCAAGUAAUGGUUUGGAGGUUUUGACUGCUCUGCUGUCUACAUGUCCUACGGCGGUGGAGCUCAAUGUCAGACUGAAGAGUCCUGAGUGUGUGUCUGUAAUGUUCUCUGGAGGGACGGACGGACCAAGACCAGAAAUAUCAAGAAAGCUCUGUCUCAGUUGUUGCAACUUGCUGCCUGCUGUGAUGGGGAAUGUGUUGGGAAGUUUGGGACCCUCUUCUGACAUCACGCUAUUGGAUCUAUCCAGUAACAAACUUGGUGAUAGCGGUUUGAAGAAGUUGUUGGAUUUCCUGCCUUGUCUCAACAACAUCAAGGAAAUCAAUGCCAGUAAAAAUAACAUGAGCAUGAAAGGCGCUGUAAUGCUAGCUAGUGCUCUCGGCUCCCGUCCCGACCUGACAGACAUUGAAAUCAGUUACAAAGGUAGAGGGCUGGUAAUCCUGAGGUUCUGCUCCAACAAAAGUAGUGACGAAGAGAAACUCAAGAGGUUCAGGUUAGCACACACCAGCAUCCAGCCUUUAGACAUGACCAGGCUGUGUCGCAGACUGGCCCAGUGUCACUCUCCUAUGGAACUGGAUUUGUCUCACAGCUCCAUGAUAGACGGGGUUAUCCAGAAGCUGCUGACGGUCCUGCCCACAAUGACGUCACUGCAAUUGCUAAAUGUCAGCCACUGCAACUUGUCUAUACGUGGGAUGUUGACAUUGGUCAGUUGUUUGAUUGAUGGCCAUCGAGUCAAAUCAGUGGAGCUGAGGCCGCAGGGAGAAUCCAUGAUUUGCUUCGACAGAGUGAAAGCAGAGUUCACCAGGUGCAGGCUUUCUCAUUUCAGCCUGAACAGUGGCCAUUUGGAGAAACUGGCUGGGAUCCUAGAGCAGUGUGCUCAGCUAUCUGAACUAGAUCUGUCCGGCAACUCCUUGAAAGAUGAAGGCGUAAGACAAGUGGUCAACGCUCUGCCGAGGCUUAAAAUCACCAGCUGUCUCAACCUGAGCAGUAACAGUCUCACCCAGCAAGGGGCGCUAGAUGUCGCUAGUACGCUCUGUGCCUGCGACAAGGUCUCAGGUGUAGAAGUAAGUUUGGGAGCAGAGGACAGGUCUCUCAUCCAUUUUAACCAAGGAGAAAGUUGCGGCAAAAGCCUAAGUGUCCGGCACUGCAAGUUUGAAUCUGAUGAACUGAUCAGACUGUCAGAGAUUCUGUGCGGCUGUCCGAGCCUGACUAAACUUGAGUUCACCAGUAUUUGCCCAUGUUAUGAAGGACUGCAGACCCUAUGGAAUAGUCUGUGCUUACUACCAUCACUGCACAUGCUUGAAUUCAGGGACAACUUGUUUUGUUCCCAGUGGGUCGAGGAUUUGGUAAAAGGCCUAAAGGGCAGUGACGGAGGACGCCAUGUCAGUAUUGAGGAGUUUUGGAUAACAUCAGAGGCAGCUGUUAGUUUGGUGUGCCGCUGUCUGAACCUCAACCCCCAUAUACACACUAUCAGGGUACAACAAACCACUCUACACUUGUAUUUCAUGAAGACCACUCCACUCACUUCAGUCAGCCUUGUGGACUGUCUAAUAGAAGGGAAUCAGCUGAAGACUCUGAGCAGUAUCAUCCAGAGAUGUCCUCUGCUGACAGACCUCGAUUUGUCGCACAACAAGUGGGGUACAGAGGGAGCCCAGGUCCUCUGCUCCGUCCUGCCCUCACUGCCAAAUCUGACCAGUCUCAGUCUGUCAGGUAAUUUCAUCAGUGACAGAGGAGCUGAGAUUCUGGCCACAGUGUUCUGCAAGCUGCCUCGUCUCAGAUCAGUCAAUUUGUCUCAUUGCGGUGGAUGGACAGUGACCGGAGGCCUGGAGCUGAUCAGAUCACUAGAACACUGUGUCAGCCUGGAAGAACUGAGUCUAGACUCAGUGCCGCUGGAUGAGGACACUAAGGUGUGUCUGGCCCGGGGACUAAGCAAGACCAACUCUCUGCGCAAACUGAAUCUGAAUAGGGGUGCUACAGUUGCUAUGGUUGGAUCACAAGAGACAAAAGAUACACUGGAGCUUCUAUCUGUGAUGGAACAACGCAGACAAAUAGAAGAGAUAGAGUUGGAGGGCUGGGCGAUGGCUGAUAGAGGGGUUGGACAACUUAUCAAACUCCUUCCUGUUUGGAAACACCUCAGGAAGAUCAGGCUGUCAAAGAACUUUAUCGGUGAUCGCUCAGGGGAGGCGUUGAUGGAGGCGUUCAGGUCCUGUAAUCAUCUGGAGGAGCUAUAUCUGUCCAGUAACGGUCUCGGUCGUCUCACUGCUGCCAGGAUGGCCCUUGUUCUACCCUCACUCAUACACAUGACUGUACUAGAUAUAUCAGAUAACAGUCUUGGUUAUGAGGGAUCCGUCAGUCUGUCCAGGGCACUAGUUUACAUGAAGAACCUCAUCAAGUUAAACUUGACUUCUAUCGGGACUUCAGAUCUGUGUGCUGUAGCUGCCAGUCUGGCCCACUGUAUGCAAAUACAGGAUGUGAGCUUGGGAUGGAAUCAUUGUGAUGACAAUUUGGCAGUUGAGUUGGCCAAAGUUUUACCUCUCUGUCAAAAGUUAAUUAGAUUGGAUUUAGAGUCCAAUAGUAUAAGUGUUUAUGGAGCUGAGGUGUUGGUUCGAGCCUUACAGUCCUGUCCCGCGCUACAGUUCAUCAGAUUGUGGAGGAACAAGAUCUCAAGAAGUGAAGUGCAGAACCUCACACUGAAGGACAAGCGGCUGAACUUCUUAUCCACCUAGUCGGAUCUGGUCGCACUUGAAAUGGCUGACAGGUGUAACCCAACAUAAAGCCAAAUCUACUAUGAGAAGGGCAAAUUAGUACAAUAACCCGAGCAGGAUAAUUUACAGAGCCACAGCCUUGUUAAUCCAAAUGUGACCGGCAAUAUAUAAACAUGGUUUGUACAUGUGCCUCUUCAGUUGCUCCUAUUACACUUGGGGACUCUUCUACAUCCUAAUGCUAAUCCCUGUUUGACUGCACUGAGAGCGUCCUGAUUUUUGGGAACUGUAUAUGAUUCUGCAUCCUUCGAAUUAAUGUACUAAGUACUUGCAACAGCAUGGCUGAUAAUGCUGACAGUGACAAACAGCUAAAGAUACCGUUUGCUGAAAUGAACCAGAGGCAAAUGCAGGGCUGACUUAAGAGUUUUCGUAUUGCUGUGCCACACAGUAUGUGUUGUAUUUUUUUAACAUUAUUACUACUGUGGAGGCAGCUAUAUGAUCUGCAGCACUUGAGUCCAAGACACAUUUCCCUACAGGGAUAAUAUAAUGCAUUGCAACUUUUGCACGAUGUUUUUUUUUUCUUAAUUUAAAUUUUUAUUGAGUUUCUUUAAGGAACAUUAAUACAAACAAAUAAAAGGUACAAAAGACCAAAAAACAAAACAAGUAAAACAGCAAAGACUUAACAAAGCACAGCAUCAUCUCUGCAACAUUCAUGACAUUAAUGAUUCAAAAGUCCGUCAGCACAUCAUCAGUGCUUGAAAGAGUCACCAGGUGACCCAUUCUACAGCUCAAACCUGAGACCAAAACAAAGUCCCGGUCGCACAACCAAAGUAAAAGUAAGAGCUAGGUUAAACCUAGAGCUAAUGCUCAUUUGAAUAUCUUGGGUAAACAUGACCUAUCAAAGAUGCAUUUUUUUUUUCAACUUUAUCACCAGCAUACAUAAAUGAAUAAUCUUGGUACAAGCAGCUAAACAUCCAGAGUGACUUUCCUGUUUUGCUUUGGGACAACAAUGCAUCCACACACAAUCCACGACACACCUUUAUCAAGCUGGUCUGAUAGAGUAGAUUAAUGUGAAUAUUCUUUACCAGGUUCAUUUAGGAAAGCAUUUUUGGGAACGUUUUGACUCUGUGAGUGAGUGAGUGAGUGUGUGUGUGGGGGGGGGGUGCGUGAUCUUUGCUUUACACCAUAAUCAUUGGUGUGAAAAUAAAAUCAGGCCUAUGGGGUUUUGCGCGAUGUUUUUUCUGACAUUGUAAAUACAUUUACACAUGCAGAAAAAAAACUUUCCUUUCUGACACGCUCUGCAUUCUCCGAGUCACAAUGAUCGCAGCCAUGCGGAAGUGAAAAGAGUUAAGGCAUGCUUUUCAGAGGCGGUAAAUAGUGCCAAGGUCAUGAUUGCUAACAUCCUAGAUGGAUCACAUGCAGGUUCUCCUCCAAAUAUUUUGCGCUUCAAAAAAGGGUACGUAACUCCUAUAAAUGUAUAUGCAAUGAAGCUUAGGUGCAAAAAAACUUUGACCUACGUAUUCCAUCAGCGCAAAAUACUGAUUAGUAAAUGUCAGUAGCAGAGGAUUUGCACUGGCGCAAAAUGUUAGUAGAUCUGGCCCAUAGGCUCUUCACUGCAGCCAAGAUGAAUUAAUGUACUUCUCCGCCAACGAGGACAUGCUAGUAUUUCUUCGGUGAUCAGAAAGGAAAAGUAAUAUCCUGGCAGCAAAUCUGUUGCCAGAUUAGGGUUUGUUGCAUGAAGUUCUCAUCUGCUUCAUCGAAAAAACCGUCUGAUGAAGAUGAGUUUACAUGAAGUGAUAUUUGACUGGUCUUAAGCCAGCGUUUUAGUGUUACUACAAUUUGUGUUCUUUUCAUAAACUUUCACAGAAAUCUGAAUGGAAGGUUCGGGAUUGUUUUGUUGUGUGCGGUUUGCCGUGUUUGAUCAUGCUUCAUUGUAUAUUACAUUAUAAUGUCUGUAAAUAGUUUUCAACUCUUGCACUGAGAUUGCACUGUGAUGGCCUGGGAGCCUGUCCAGGAUGUCUUCCCGCUUGCCGCCCAGUGGCUGCUGGGACAGGCCCCAGCGUACCCGUGACCCUGAGAGCAGGAUAAAGUGGUUUGGAUAAUGGAUGGAUGGAUGGAUAUUGCACUGAGAUGUGAUGAAUUAACUAAGAAAUAAAAUGUCAUCAU